GGAGCUAAAUUUUUCGUGAUUCGUGCAGUUCCGGGAACAUCGAAAGUGGAGCCCCUCAUAGUAAGAAGAUGACCCGAAGUUGCUCGGCAGUGGGCUGCAGCACCCGGGACACCGUGCUGAGCCGCAAGCGCGGCUACUCUUUCCACCAAUUUCCAACUGAUACCAUACAGCGCUCAAAAUGGAUCAGGGCUGUUAAUCGUGUGGACCCCAGAAGCAAAAAGAUUUGGAUCCCAGGACCAAGUGCUAUGCUAUGUUCCAAACAUUUUCAUGAAAGUGACUUUGAGUCAUAUGGCAUAAGAAGAAAGCUGAAAAAAGGAGCUGUGCCUUCUGUUUCUCUAUACGAGGUUCUCCAAGGUGUACAUCUUAAAGGUAAAGCAAGACAGAAAAUCCUAAAGGAGCCACUUCCUGAUGAUUCUGAAGAAGUUGCUACAGAGGACCAUAACUACAGUUUAAAGAGACCUUUGACAGUAGGUGCGGAGAAAUUGGCUGAAGUGCAAGAGAUGCUACCAUUGUCAAAAAAAAGACUUGUUCCUGUAAAAAACUAUAGGAUGAUCAAGAAGAGAAAGGGCUUACGAUUAAUUGAUGCACUGGUAGAAGAGAAACUACUUUCUGAAGAAACAGAGUGUCUGCUACGAGCACAAUUUUCAGAUUUUAAGUGGGAAUUGUAUAACUGGAGAGAAACAUCUGAGUACUCCACAGAAAUGAAGCAAUUUGCAUGUACACUGUACUUGUGCAGUAGCAAAGUCUAUGAUUAUAUAAGAAAGAUUCUUAAGCUGCCUCAUUCUUCCAUCCUGAGAACAUGGUUAUCCAAAUGCAAAUCCAGUCCAGGUUUCAAUAGCAACAGUUUUUCUUUUCUUCAACAAAGAGUGGAGAAUGGAGACCAGCAAUAUCAAUAUUGUUCACUGAUAAUAAAGGGUAUAUCUCUCAAGCAACAGCUUCAGUGGGACCCCAGCAGUCAACAUUUGCAAGGGUUUAUGGACUUUGGUCUUGGCAAACUUGAUGCUGAUGAAAUGCCACUUGCCUCAGAAACUGUUUUGUUAAUGGCAGUGGGUAUUUGUGGUCAUUGGAGAACACCUCUUGGUUAUUUUUUUGUAAACAGAGCAUCUGGAUAUUUGCAGGCUCAGCUGCUUCGUCUCACUGUUGGCAAACUGAGUGACAUAGGGAUCACAGUUGUGGCCGUUACAUCUGAUGCUACAGCUCACAGUGUUCAGAUGGCAAAAGCACUGGGGAUACAUAUCGAUGGAGACAACAUGAAGUGCACAUUUCAGCAUCCUUCAUCUUCUAGUCAGCAGAUUGCAUACUUUUUUGAUUCUUGCCACUUGCUUAGAUUAAUAAGAAAUGCAUUUCAGAGUUUUCAAAGCAUUCAGUUUAUUAAUGGCACAGCACAUUGGCAGCACCUUGUGGAGUUAGUAGCACUAGAGGAACAGGAAUUAUCAAACAUGGAAAGAAUCCCAAGAAAACUUGCAAAUUUGAAAAACCACAUACUGAAAAUGAAUUCAGCUGCCCAACUCUUCACUGAGAGUGUGGCCAGUGCGUUAGAAUGUUUGCUGUCGUUAGGCCUGCCUCCUUUUCAAAAAUGUAUUGGUACCAUCCAUUUUUUACGCUUAAUUAAUAAUCUGUUUGACAUUUUUAAUAGUAGGAACUAUUAUGGAAAGGGACUUAAAGGACCUCUAAUGCCUGAAACGUUUAGUAAAAUUAAUCACGUGUUAACUGAAGCCAAGACGAUUUUUGUUACAUUAUCUGACACUAGCAAUAAUCAAAUAAUUAAAGGUAAGCGAAAACUAGGAUUCCUGGGAUUUUUGCUUAAUGCUGAGAGUUUAAAAUGGCUCUAUCAUAAUUAUAUUUUCCCAAAAGUAAUGCCUUUUCCAUAUCUUCUGACUUACAAAUUCAGUCAAGAUCAUCUGGAAUUAUUUCUAAAGAUGCUUAGACAGAUAUUAGCAAGCAGUUCUAACCCUACCUGCAUGGCAUUCCAGAAGGCUUACCAUAAUUUGGAGACCAGAUACAGAUUACAUGAUGAAGUUUUUCUAAGUGACCUGAGCAUCCUUGACAUUUCAGUUGCUCGAAGGACAGACUUGGCCCUUUGGACAGUUCAACGUCAAUAUGGUGUCAGCAUAUUAAAGACUCUUUUUCACAAAAAGGAUAUUUGCCAAGACUGGUCUAAUUGUUCACUAAGUGAGGCAUUACUAGAUCUGUCAGAUUAUAGGCGAAAUCUCACCUGUUGUGCUGGUUAUAUUGCAGAUAAGUUAUCAGCUCUUUUAACUUGUGAGGACUGCAUCAGUGCACUGUAUGCAUCAGAUCUCAAAACCUGUAAAAUUGGGUCACUGUUGUGUGUCAAAAAGAAGAAUGGUUUGCAUAUCCCUUCAGAAAGUUUAUGUCGAGUCAUAAGUAUCUGUGAGCGAGUUGUAAGAACCCAUUCAAGAAUGGCAGUUUAUGAACGACUUCCUAAACAGAGGGAAUUGUAUCUUCAACAGGAAAUACUAUGUGCGCUUUCUGGACAUAUUUAUCUUUUUGUAGAUUUAGAUGAGCAUCUCUUUGAUGGAGAAGUGUGUGCCAUCAAUCACUUUGUAAAGUUACUAAAGGACAUAAUAAUCUGUUUCUUAAAGUUGAAAGCUAAAGAUAUAGCUCAUUUCCCUAUAAAACACCAUUCAGAAAGACUUGAAAUGAAAAUCUCAAGGAAGCACUGCUCAUCAUUACAGGAUUACAAACAUUCAAGUUUUGCUAAUACCAAUAAUUCCAGGCUUCUGCUAAGUAACGGAUAUCCAUUCAAAUGAGGGGCCUAAAAUAUUAAAAUUUAUAUUAAGGAUUAUUGGUCAAUACUUAUUUUAAAGUUCAACCAUACUAUCUAAAUUGACUAUUCUGCACAAUG